GCUCCAUUCAGAUUGCAGAGCGGAGGAGCGCAUAGCGCUGGCACGAUAGUGAUCAUUGCAGUGGGUAAUACGCUUAACAAAGCGACUGGCUUCAAAGUGCUCAUUAUAUCCGCUAUUCAACAGCAAAGUACUGCUAUAUUACUCAGCUACGAGUUAUCAAGUUUGGAACUAACAGUUUGACACAGAUUGUGAAUUCGUAGUUGUGUUGCGCGAUGGGGAAACACAACAGCAAGCUGGCCCCGGAGGUUCUGGACGACCUGUCGAAGAGUACAGAGUUCAACGAGAGCGAGCUGAAGCAGUGGUACAAGGGCUUCCUGAAGGACUGUCCUACUGGCAUCCUCAACCUGGAGGAGUUCCAGCAGCUCUACGUCAAGUUCUUCCCGUACGGAGAUGCCUCCAAGUUUGCACAACAUGCCUUCCGGACGUUCGAUAAGAACGGGGAUGGGACCAUAGACUUCCGGGAGUUCAUUUGUGCCCUAUCCAUAACAUCCCGGGGCAGCUUUGAGCAGAAACUCAACUGGGCCUUCAACAUGUACGACCUGGAUGGAGAUGGCAAGAUCACACGCAUGGAGAUGCUGGAGAUCAUUGAGGCGAUCUAUAAGAUGGUGGGCACGGUGAUCAUGAUGCGCAUGAAUGAGGACGGGCUGACCCCGCAGCAACGCGUCGACAAGAUCUUCAGCAAGAUGGACAGGGAUCACAACGACGAGAUCACGCUCGAGGAGUUCAAGGAGGCAGCCAAGAGCGACCCCUCCAUCGUGCUGCUGCUGCAGUGCGACAUGCAGAAAUAGAUGAGAGAGAGGGAAGAGAGGGAGAAGGGAGAGGGGGAGAGAGACUAGCAGGGGUGUGCAGGGAGCAGCUUAUCUCUUCAUAUUACUCGCCAGCUUCUGUACCGUAAUGUUUUUACGGCUCCCCUCAGAGUUGUUUAGUUCAUUUUUUAGCUCAGUUGGGAUGGAGCCAUCCUAUCGCCCAUGUUGGUCCGCAGGUAAUAGUGUCCCCACCCAAUCUUCUCUGUGCUGAGCAGAGCGUCCUUUUUAGAGGGAAUAUUGAAUGUGGGUGCCAUCUGUUUUUCCUUCUAACUAGAAAGGGAUUAGCUGUCUAGAAAAGAAAGAAAGAAAGAAAGAAAGAAAGAAAGAAAGAAAGAAAGAAAGAAAGAAAGAAAGAAAGAAAGAAAGUGGAAGAGGGUGCUGCUCAGUAGCAUUGUACUCUCUGCUGGGACUUUUACAAUAUAUUUGAAAUUAAAAGUUCUAAUCCACAGGGAAGCAGUGAAUAAAGGGUGAAAUCCUAGGGACUUUGCCUUUAAUAUCUUUUUAAUGCAAAAGAAUACAAAGAAAUGGGGAUUUCUAGUCUUUGACCACUGUGUGUUUAAGUGCCAAUGAAAAGUCUUUUUUUUUCCUGAGACAUUCUAAACAAAUUGAUUGUAUUUAGGGAAGUUUAGAGCUGUAGAUUUUAAAAUUCCCCGCAUGCAGUAAAAUAACUAACAGGAGUUCUGGCUGUUGAAGCCGUGACGCAGUCAUUCCUAAACUACUCUGAAACCUGAGAUUUAAAAUAACUGGUGCAAACGCACAUUCAAAAUCCCAAGCAGAUUUCACAGGUAAAAUGUUGUGUUCAUCUCGUCUGCACAUCCCUGCUCUUAGCUGGCCCCUCCUCUCCCAGCUCUUAUUAAACAGAAUCUCAAAGGCAGACCAAACAAAGCUUUUUAAUCCUGGGGCAACUCUGGUGAAAGUGCUCUAACCAGAAGCACUGGAGUUCCUUUAGAUCUGUGACUCUGGAAACAAGUUACAGACUUCGUACUUCUUACAUGAAAAACAGCCCAGGCAGAACUGCAGUAAAUGAGCCUUGCAUUGCAGUGCAGUACAGACUGCAGUUUAAAGCAACGGUCCGCCAUACUUUUUUUUUAAAUAAACAAUGCACUGUUUUUAAGUAUUUACAAAUUAUUCUGCUGUAUUUUGUGCUAGCAGCCCCCCCUUAGUGGUGACAUGCUUACACUGCAGCUCCCUGUAUCUAAUACCUAUCCCUGUGGUGACAUCACCAGUACCUGCACUACACUGUCUCCAUGCAACCUAUAUAAACCCCAAGUGACAGCCGAGCCUGCACUGGGAGAGUCACACCAGACCAAGAAAAUGGCGUGUUUAAUGUAUUUAUUUAUUUAUCUAUAUAUAUUUAUCUUUUUUAUAUAUUUUAAGCUAUAUUGAUCGACAGUAAUCAUUGAGUAUGUAGUGAAUAUAGAUAAAACAUGCAAUGUGAUCCUUCAUGGUUUUGUCAAUGCACUAGCAUGUGAAACAAGCAGCUGUGGGUCUCUAGCGCCUAGUAAAAGCACUGUACUGUACUAUUCACCCAAAACUCUUUUGUAGUCUGCAGUUUCUGUUCAAAUGUUGAAUUAGGGUUGAGUAGAAAUGAUCAAAGUUUAUAUUAGUUAAGGCAAAGUGUAAUAAAGCCUGUUGAUACCAUGGCAUAGUUGUAAAGUCCAGAGAGGUGUGGCAAAGCAUAUUAGAAUUCAUAAACAAGGUAUAAGCCUGGGGAAAACCGACAUCGCUGUGCACAUUUGCCACAGUAUACUUUUAUAAGGGAAAGUCUGCAAAAACGUGCUAUUUGAGUUCAGUCUGAGCAAGCCAUCGUACGAUCAGCGGUACUAAAAAGACAUUUAGUUAUCCAUCGAAAACAUUUUGUACAAUACCUUUCUUAAGCAAUACGUUCCUUUGUGGUAGUGCUGGAUUGUGAAUCUCUAUGGGGGACAAUGUGCUGUGCUGCUGACAAGGGGUAGCUAGCGGGCAGCAAGUGAAGUGCAGCGUGACCGCUCUGCCCUGCAGCUGCACUGCUGCUUAUUCCACUGGAAUGCAAUCCGCUUUUACUGCACUGAGGCUGCUGCAGUUCUUCAUGUGUUCUGUCAAUGUACAUUUCUAUACAGUAUUUAACAGGUUGGAUUACCAGGGAACCGGAGAG